AUUGCGGAUGACAGUCAGUAGAGUGUAGCUGCUGGAGGGUAGUUCAUUGCCGCAAACUUGCAGUAACUGGAAUGCUCCUGUUUCCUCUCAUACAAUAAAAUAACCACACAGGUUAAAGGUACCACAAGUUCUACUAUAGUAACAAGAGGAAGACGUCAGUGCUAAGCUCUUCGAGUCAGCCAUGGAUCAGCAGAUUACUACCGCGAACAGCCGUAGAGACAGCAUAGACGACGCCAACAACAAUAACAGCAGCAGCUGCGUGUGGCGUAGAGUGUUAAGACCCAGCGUGGUGUUGGCUGUCAGCUCACCUGUCAUUCUCAUAUUUGACAUCGCCCUAGCCAUCGUCUUCCUUCUACGGCAAAACUGGCAAGGUGUCAUCUUCACGUCAGUCGCCUUCAUCGCCUGGACGCAGCUUGUCUAUUGGUUCUUCCGCGCUCGCACCCUUCUCCAACCCCACUAUCAGAUUCAUUCUGAUGAUGAGUCAGAAGCUGCUAAUGAUGAUGUGCCACCAUCCUAUGAAGAUGUGAUCAAGACAGAAGCACCACCACCAUCUUACUACAUGGUGGUGGCUGAAGGUGGUUGGUCCAGUGGAAAUUACAGCAAUAAUGUUCAUGCACCCAAGGAUGAACUGCCACACAGAAACAAGUCCUCAAGACCUCAUCACCGGCAGGAGCCAACACAAGCAAGUGUAUGCACUGGCAUCACUGCCCCUUACUUACAUCACAUCACAAGUGAUGAAUACACUCAUAUACCUGUAACAUCAUCUGCCCUUAAUGACCAAUUGCAUGUCAUUAGAGCACCCAUUGACAGAGAAAUAUCCAAUCUUGCUGUCCUUACACACAAACCAUCCCCAGCAAGACUCACAUCCAGAGAGAGACUGCAUGCUGAUAGAUGUGAGGUUAUCCCUUAGGGGCACAUAAUUGGCUUGUAACUCUCUAUGGUUACUGGCCAUUAUUACCUGCCAAAAUGCCUUAAUGCAUCACCUAGUUGCAUGAUGCAGUAUAUGAAGAGAUCUAAUCAAAGUUUUCACACUACAAGAGAUUGAUAAACAGUCCACAUGAUGUGGUCCUGCUACACUCUAGGUGUGAUGCACUAAGCAAGCAUGUGACACUGGUCUUGUCACAUGCCUCAAACUGCUCCACCUUUAGUUAUUCUCUACACACUCACUGAAGUUAUGAGAGAUGCCAAAAGAAGAUGAGCCAAACUUAGCCAUUUUCCUGUGAUGUUCAACACUUGAAAGAGCAAGUGUAACAAGUGUUGUGAACUGUUUCUUUUCUAUCUACUUGUUAUUAAUAAAACAAUUUCAUUAUACAACUUCCAUCAAACCAUUCCACAUAAAAACUACCAGCAAAUCAGUUCAGGAUUUUUUUUUUUUUUUUUUCAUAUGAAGCACUUUAAACACCUGAUAUUUUCAUCAGGAGCAGCAGCAAACCAGUACAGCAUCCAGCAUACAUCACUGCCAAUCCAAAAACAAGAGAAAAAAUAAAUAUACAGUACUGUAUAAGCCACUUGUGACACACC